AAAAACGUAAAAUUUUUUAAUUUUGUGAAAAAAUUCACUCUGCUGAUCUGGUUUUUGAAAUCUUUUCCUAAAACUCACUUAUCCUGGCCGUCACUAACAGCAAUUGGUGGUCCCUCCAUCAACAAAUUACGGCAACAAAGGUGUACUCAGGAAAAGCACUGUUUCGUCUGUUUAUCGUCCUUCUUAUUCCUGUUCUCAUCAAUCCGCCUGUCCUUGAGGACGACGACGUGAAAAUUAUGGCCGCAUCCUCCUCCCAUUUUGUCACCUCUACAAUCUCGUCUGUCCGCAUGCCCCGCCUUAUAUACGGGACAGCAUGGAAAAAAGGUGCCACUGCAGAACUCGUCAUCACGGCAAUACGAGCCGGAUUUAGAGGCGUCGACACCGCUUGCCAGCCCAAACACUACACAGAGGCUGGCGUGGGAACUGCGCUACGUACCAUCCUUGCAGAGGGGACAAUUUCCAGGGAGGACUUGUUCAUCCAAACCAAGUUUACAUCUCUCGAUGGCCAGGACCCCGCCUCUACUCCUUAUGAUCCUACUGCUCCACUGGCGACCCAAGUCGUUCAAUCUUUAGAACGCUCACUUUCCAACCUGGGAACACCCUACGUCGACUCUCUCGUCCUUCAUUCCCCAAUGCGAACAGUCAAAGACACGCUGACGGUCUGGAAAAUAUUUGAGGGCUUUGUCGCGUCCGGAAAAGUAAAGCAGCUGGGAAUUAGUAAUUGCUACUCGAUAGAAACUUUUAAAACGCUCUUCGAUUCGGUGUCCAUUAAACCCGCCGUCCUCCAAAAUAGGCUCUACCCUGAGUCAGGUUACGAUCGCGAACUUCGAAAAUUUUGUGCGGAAAAGGGGAUUUUCUAUCAAAGCUUUUGGACACUUACGGCAAAUCCGACUAUUCUUCGGGAUCGGGCAGUUGUGGCUAUUGGGAGAAAGUACGGCAAGACAGUAGAGCAAAUGUUUUUUGCAUAUCUGGUCCAGACAGGCGUGGUCACACCCCUCACUGGCACAAAGAAUGCCACUCACAUGGCCCAAGAUUUGGAGGUUUUGGAUAUGUCACGACUGGACAAGGAGGAUGCAGAUGUGUUUGAAAAUUUCAUUAAUGGGGCGUCGUCGUCCUCGUAGCGCAAGCAUUAAUAUAAAAUAAGCGUUGCUUGUUGCUUUGUGUGAUAUAUAUUAUACCAUAUGCAAUAAAUUUAUGUAUUUUAA